UAGGGUUUCUUCACACUCUCACAUUUCCUUUACAUCUCCUCCAAAAAAAACCUCUCAGCCGCUUUUACCAAAAAACAACCACCAUGGCAGACUCACUCAUCCUGCGCGGCACCAUGCGAGCCCACACCGACUGGGUCACCGCCAUCGCCUGCCCCAUCGACAACUCCGACAUGAUUGUCACUUCCUCCCGCGACAAAUCCAUCAUCGUCUGGCGUCUAACCAAAGAAGACAAAACCUACGGCGUCGCUCAACGUCGUCUCACCGGCCACUCUCACUUCGUCCAGGACGUCGUCCUCUCCUCCGACGGCCAGUUCGCUUUAUCCGGUUCAUGGGACGGCGAGCUCCGUCUUUGGGAUCUCAACGCCGGAACCACCGCUCGUCGUUUCGUCGGUCACACAAAAGACGUCUUAUCCGUGGCGUUCUCAAUCGACAACCGUCAGAUCGUUUCAGCUUCUCGUGACCGUUCGAUCAAACUGUGGAACACUUUAGGUGAAUGCAAGUACACAAUCCAAGAUGGUGAGGCCCAUAAUGAUUGGGUCAGUUGUGUUAGGUUUAGCCCAAACACAUUACAGCCCACUAUUGUUUCAGCUUCAUGGGACAAAACAGUCAAAAUCUGGAAUUUGACCAACUGUAAGUUGAGGUCAACUUUGGCAGGCCAUGGUGGGUAUGUGAACACAGUGGCGGUUAGCCCAGAUGGGUCGUUGUGUGCAAGUGGGGGUAAAGAUGGAAUGAUUUUGUUGUGGGAUUUAAGUGAAGGAAAAAGGUUGUAUAGUUUGGAAAGUGGGAGUAUAAUACAUGCAUUGUGUUUUAGUCCAAAUAGGUAUUGGUUGUGUGCUGCUACUGAGAACAGUAUCAAGAUUUGGGAUUUGGAGUCAAAGAGUAUUGUGGUUGAUUUGAAGGUUGAUUUGAAGCAGGAAAGUGAGAUGGCUGUUGAUGGCUCUGCUACUCAGACUAAUGCUGGCAAAACCAAGGUGAUAUACUGCACAAGCUUGAGCUGGAGUGCCGAUGGAAGCACUCUAUUCAGUGGGUACACCGAUGGAGUUGUAAGAGUUUGGGGCAUUGGACGCUACUAGGAGAAAGAAGUUUAAUCUUUUAAGUAAGAGGGAUGUUUUUACAAAAAUACCAGCUUUAUGCUGUGUAGUCUUCAGUUUAAAUAUCGGAUUUUUUUAUUUCCCUGCUUGAUUUUGAUAAGACCUGUGCUGAAAGUUUCAGAUUUGGAGAUUAUGUUAUCUAGUUACUUUUAUUUUU